AUGGAAGGGGAUGAGGACCAGGCAGAGCGGAAGGCCUUCUUGGCCAAGUUGAAGGACUACAUGGAGAAGCGAGGUACGCCGAUCGACCGUAUACCGCAGCUGGGCCAACGCGAGGUCGAUCUGUUCAAGCUCUACCACGAAGUCACCAAGCGGGGCGGGCUCAACGAGGUGGUGUCCAACAAGGGCAUGAAGGAGAAAUACCUGUUUGCCUACGAGCGAAGGUUUUUCCACAACCUCGAUGACGACGCCAUGGUGCCGAAGCGACCUGUUGGUCGGCCACGCAAGGAAGAACGAAUGCUGCGAGACGAGGGGAAGGUGCGCGAGCCGAUCGCGCCGGCCUACGGCCCGGGCACGCGUCGCUCCACGCGCCGUGCGGCCAGCGAGGCGGCGGCGCGCACGUCGGCCGCCAUCGCUGGCGAGCGGGGCAUCACCGGACCCGUUGGCGUGUCCGCGGCCUCGACAUCAUGCCCCAAGGCACCAAUUCCUCCCACCCAGCCUCCUGCCAGCCGGCCCUGCAUUUCUGAUUGUGACUACACUCGCACGGCGAUCCCAAAGGCGAGCAGUCAGCUGAAGGGGGCGUGGGCCUCGUACCAUCCGGCCCUGCGGCUCGUCGCCCUCGCACUCGAAUCCGAGUCCACGCCCAGCGCGCAGGUGGACUGGGCGCUGGGCACGCUGCUGGUGCUGUCGUUCGAGGAGCAGUUGCACCUCAGCGCCAUCCCGCUCACAGGCCUUCUCGACUCGCUCCUCCGCCACGCCCGGCCCUACCACUCCUUCCUCCUCCGUGCCCUCGGCGCCGACGACAAGAACGAAAGCGAAAGCGAAAGCGACGACGACAGCGAAGACGAAGGGAGCGAAGAGAGCGAAGAGAGCGAAAGCGAAAGCGACGACGGGGAGGGCAAUGAUGACGUGGCGCCACUGGCCGUGCCCACCAAAGCGGAACGGCAGCGCGGGGUCAAGGUGUGGGAGAUCGUGCGCAACCUCUCCUGCAUCCCCGAGAACGAGGCCGCGCUGGCCGACCACCGCCGCUUUGUCCGCACCGUCGUCCGCCUCAUGAACCUCGAGCGCCGCCUCGACCAGCGCCAGCGUCGUCAGCGCCGCCGGCCGACGUCGGUCAAGCGCGAGUGGGUCGAGCGGCUGAGCCGGAAUGCGCUCGAUGUGUACUCGAGCGUGUGCCACCACCCGGCGCUGGCCGGGUCGGCCACGGUCGCACGCGCCGCGCCGGCGCUCCUCUACUUUGUCGACAGCGCUGGGGCGGGCGCGACGUCAGCUGCGGCGGCGGCGGCGGGCGAAGUGGACGAGACGGUGUGGACGGCGGUCGAGUGCCUGCGCAAGCUCACGCACGAGGGCGACAACGAGGCGCGCCUCCUGCCCUUUACCGACGCGCUCCUCGACGCACUCGCCCGCCUCCUCUGCGCGCGCGACGGCAGCGAUGACGACGAGGCGGGCGAGGGCGAGGGCGACGACGAGCGGGCGAAGGGCGACGGAGGCGAGCGCCGGCGGCGGGCGGGCGAGCGGGAGAGCGAGGUGGCCGAGCUUAAGGGCGCGGUGCUGGCCGUGCUGCUCAACCUAGCCAAGUGCUCGCCCCGCACCGCGUGCCGGCUCCCCGCGCACCCGGGCCUCAUGCGCCGCCUCUUCGGCCUCGUCGCCACCCCCAGCAGCAGCCAUAACGUUGAGCCCGGUGAAAAUGAUAACGAGAACGAAAACGAAAACGAAGACGGCGAGGCCGACGAUGAGGAGGAACGGGAAGAGGAGGAAGAGGAGGAGGAAGAGGAGCGGGAGGAGGCCGACGUUGAGGCGGAUGACGCGUCGGCGACGCUCAAGCGGAAGGGGGAGGAGGAAGAGGAGGCGGUGAAGGCUUUCCUGAAGUCGGUGGCGGCGAGGAAGACGAGGAUCAAGAAGAUGACGACGACGAAGAAGGAAAAGCGAGCGGCCAAGCGACAUAAGGUCGACGACGCGGGCGUGGUGGGUGGGGAAAAGAGCGAAGCUGCGCCGACCGCGACUUCAACUUCUGCGACAGCCGGCGAGGUGGCGCCAGUAGACGGGACGACGGCUGUAGCCGACGCGGCGAUGGAGGUGGACCAGGAAACGACGAAAAAGAACGAAAACGAAAACGAAGCCGGAAGCGAGAAGGCGACGCCACCCUCGGCUGCCGCGAAUGGCGAGGAAAAGGACGAAGAAGAGAAGCCGGCAGCUGUGGGCACAGCCACCGCCACUGCCAGCAGCACAGCGGCCCGCCAUCGCGUCGGCGGCGGCAACAAGCGGAAGCGGCGGGACGAGGGCGAUGACGGCUACGCGGGCGAUGUGGUGGAGCGUGUGCGGGAGCGGUUGCGGAAGCAGGCGGGCCUGGUGCUGAGCAAGCUGGCCGAUGACCCGGCCUGCUGCGACGCCCUGCGCGUGUACGACGGCCUCGUGGUCCAGGCCAUGCUCCUCGCGCCCCACCAGGGUCCGCUCGCCCCGCUCCUCCACAAGCUGCUCCUCAACAUCGGCCUCGCCGUGGCCUCGUCGUCACCCACCGCCUUCUGA